CAACGAGUCAUAAUUGUUGCUUGGAAGUAGAAGACCCAUUUUCUAUUCAUUUUCUGCAGCUGUCGGUGUUGACUUUGUCAUAUUUUUAAGUAAGUUUUCCUUUCAGCUUCAAGCUUAGCCUAAACGUACUAAAACGUUGGGAAAGGUUGCCGGUGGACAGCAGCGCUGAAAGUAGAUGCUCUGAUGUAGCAAUGGAAUUGUAGUAGGUUACAAUGUUUCAGUCCGAUUGCAAGAAAGUCUUUGGAAGUUCGCAUUUUUUUUAGGCUCGAUGAAGUAUGCGAACCUCUGCAACCCAUGCGUCAGAUACCUCUUCUGUCUAGUCAAAACAGUGUAGGCUAACUCUUUGUAAUGCAAGUGAUGACUACCCAGUUCCCAUCCCUCUCUCCGGUGCAGAAGAAGGAACUCUCUGACAUAGCCCAGAGGAUCGUGGCUCCAGGGAAGGGCAUUCUGGCAGCAGAUGAGUCCACAGGCACCAUGAGUAACCGCCUGCAGAAGAUUAACGUAGAGAACACUGAGGAGAACCGUCGGACUUUCCGCGACCUCCUGUUCUCUGCAGUUGACCCCAACUGCAUUGGUGGAAUCAUCUUUUUUCACGAGACACUGUAUCAGAAGUCUGACAAGGGUGUCCUCUUCCCCCAGGUCAUCAAGGACAAGGGCAUUGUGGUCGGCAUCAAGGUGGACAAUGGCACAGCUGGUCUGAAUGGAACAGAUGGAGAGAUGACCACACAGGGUCUUGAUGGACUUUCGGGGCGUUGUGCUCAGUACAAGAAGGACGGUUGUGACUUCGCCAAGUGGAGGUGUGUGCUCAAGAUUUCAGACGCCUGCCCCUCAGCCCUCGCUAUCGCAGAGAACGCUAACGUACUUGCCAGAUACGCCAGUAUCUGCCAACAGAAUGGCCUGGUGCCCAUUGUGGAGCCAGAGAUUCUGCCUGAUGGAGACCAUGACCUGCUGUGCACUCAGUACGUCACUGAGAAGGUUCUGGCUGCCACGUACAAGGCCCUGAACGAUCACCAUGUCUACUUGGAGGGCACCCUGCUGAAGCCUAACAUGGUCACCGCCGGACACUCCUGCCCCAAGAAGUUCACCCCCCAGGAGGUCGGCAUGGCUACCGUCACUGCCCUGAGGCGCACUGUCCCUGCCGCCGUGCCUGGCAUCACCUUCCUGUCUGGAGGCCAGAGCGAGGAAGAGGCCACUCAGAACCUGAACGCCAUGAACCAGACGGCCCUGCACCGGCCCUGGAAACUCUCCUUCUCCUACGGCCGUGCACUCCAGGCCUCCGCCCUCGCCGCCUGGAAAGGCAAGGCCGCCAACAAGAAAGCGGCACAGGAUGCCUUCACCUCCAGAGCCAAGAGCAAUGGCCUUGCCUCCAAGGGAGAGUACACAGUGGUGAGCAGCGCUGACCAGGCCUCCAUGCAGUCCCUGCACACAGCUAACUACGUCUACUAACUAGACCACAUGUCAGACAAGGACCAAAGAAUGCAGAAAAUGUCACCUGUACACGUCCCGUCCCUUCUCAUUCCUGCAAUGACAACAUUCCCCUAUGACCAAUCCAGUUGUACAAGUUAUUAUUUUACUACUAAUAAACAGAUUGAGUAAAUUAAAUAAAUGUGAAAUGUUUAAACUUGGGCCUCCAGAGUGGCGAUGCUAGAGGCGUCACUACAGACCCUGGUUUGAGUCCAGGCUGUAUCACAAUCGGCUGUGAUUGGGAGUCUCAUAGUUCGACGCACAAUUGGUCCAGCGUUGUUUGGGUUUGGCUGGGGUAGGCCGUCAUUGUAAAUAAGAUUUUGUUCUUAACUGACUUGCCUACUUAAAUAACGUUUUUUUUAAACUAGCUGUUGUAAAUGUGUCAAAUGCUGUGUGUGGGGGGGAAUACAUUUAGGGGUUUGUCUGUAAAUGAAUUAAAUGGCCAAAGCAUUUAACAAUAAUGCCAUUUGCUGAAAAUGUGACAUUAACAAUGUAUAGAACCUACAUGUUGAACUGUAAUGGCUACAAUUGUUGGCUGGAUUAAAAAGGGUGACUUUCA